UUGACCCGCGGCCGGGCUCCCUCAGCGGCGGCGGCGGGCGGAAGUGCCGGCUGCGUGCUGCCAUGGAGGAUCCUGCUCACGAUGGGGUGGCCUCACCAGCCACUCCUGGGACCGGGAGAUACAAGCUGGAAACAUUGCCCAAGGAAGAUCUUAUCAAAUUUGCCAAGAAGCAGAUGAUGCUAAUACAGAAAGCUAAAUCAAGAUGUACAGAACUGGAGAAAGAAAUUGAAGAAUUGAGAUCAAAAUCUGGAGGAACUGAUAAUAUUAUUAAGGCAUUGACAGAACGUCUGGAUGCUAUUCUUCUGGAAAAAGCAGAGACUGAGCAACAGUGUGUUUCUCUGAAGAAGGAAAAUAUUAAAAUGAAGCAAGAGGUUGAGGAUUCUGCAACUAAGUUGGAAGAUAUGCACAAGGAGUUUGAACAAUCACAAAGAAACUAUAUGCAGGAAAUGGAAAAUUUGAAAAAUGAAUUAAUGGCAGUACAUUCCAAACAUAGUAACGAUAAAGCUGGUUGGCAAAAGGAACUGGAAGAAGCAGCCAAAAAACAAUUAGAGCUUUCAAAACAACUUAAAUUUCACAAUGAUUCUGAAGAAAUUGUUAAAAAACUGCAAGAAGAGAUUCAGAAAAUCAAGCCAGCCUUUGAGGAGCAAAUUUUAUAUCUACAACAGCAGUUAGAAGCUGCCACAAAUGAAAAGGAGCAAGAAAUCACUCAUCUCCAAGGAGUCAUUGAGGCUAAUUCUCAGCAGUACCAAAAAGAUAUUAAUAGUUUGCAAGAAGAACUUUUACGGUUGAAAUCUACACACCAAGAAGAGGUGAAAGAAUUGAUGUGCCAGAUUGAAGCAUCUGCUAGAGAACAUGAAGCAGAAGUAAAUAAUUUAAAUCAGCUAAAGGAGAAUUUAGUCAGGCAAUGUGAGGGAGAGGAGAAGAACAUUCAGCAGAAAUAUGAAUGUGAAUUAGAAAACCUAGGGAAAACCUCAAAUGCAAACCAGGAAAAUCAGAUGUGUUCUUUGCUCUUAAAAGAAAAUACUCUUGUAGAACAAGGAGAAAAUGAAAAAGUCAAACACUUAGAAGAUGCCUUAAAAGAAUUGGAGUCUCAACAUACUAUCUUAAAAGAUGAGUUAACUUACAUGAAUAAUCUUAAAUUAAAACUUGAAAUUGAUGCUCAACACAUAAAGGAUGAAUUUUUUCAUGAACGGGAAGAUUUAGAAUUUAAAAUUAAUGAAUUAUUACUAGCUAAAGAAGAACAGGGAUGUGUAAUCGAAAAAUUAAAAUGUGAACUAGAAGAUUCAGAUAAACAGUUUCGCUGUAUUGUAGAACAACAUAACAAAGAAGUAAAAAGUCUAAAGGAACAACAUCAAAAAGAAAUAUCAGAACUAAAUGAGACAUUUUUGUCAGGUUCAGAAAAAGAAAAAUUAACAUUAAUGUUUGAAAUACAAGGUCUUAAGGAACAGUGUGAAAAUCUACAACAAGAAAAGCAAGAAGCAAUUUUAAAUUAUGAGAGUUUACGGGAGAUUAUGGAAAUUUUACAGACAGAAUUGGGGGAAUCUGCUGGAAAAAUAAGUCAAGAGUUUGAAUCAAUGAAGCAGCAGCAAGCAUCUGAUGUUAAUGAACUUCAGCAGAAGCUCAGAACUGCAUUUAAUGAAAAAGAUGCUCUUCUUGAAACUGUGAAUCGCCUCCAGACAGAAAAUGAAAAGUUAUUAUCACAGCAAGAAUUUGUACCAGAACUUGAAAAUACCAUAAAGACCCUUCAAGAAAAGAAUGAAGAAUAUUUAGUUAGUCUCAGUCAGAGAGAUACCAUGGCCCAAGAAUUGGAAGCAAAGAUAAGUCAUCUUAUUGAGGAAAAAGAUGAUCUCAUAAGUAAAAUGAAGAGUUCUCAUGAAGAGAUGAAUGAUCUCCAUAAAAAAUGUGAAAGGGAAAAUAAACUGAUUGUAGAACUUAGGGAAAAAGUAGAGCAGACCACCCAGUACAACAGUGAACUAGAACAAAAAGUAAAUGAAUUAACAGCAGGACUAGAGGAAACUUUAAAAGAAAAGGAUCAAAAUAACCAACAACUAGAAAAGCUUCUGGCUCAGUUGCAGACCCUGUCUGGAGAGCAGGAAGCAAUGUCAUCUGAAGCACAGUCUCUUUACGAGGAAAACAGUAGGCUGACCUCAGAAAAGGACCAAUUGAGCAGGGAUUUAGAAGCUCUCCUGUCACAAAAAGAAGGAGAGUUUUUGCUUAAGGAACAGCUUUCUGAAUUAGAAAAGAAACUUCAGUUAGCACUUGAAGAAAGAGAUCAUUUAAAUAAACUGUUUGACAGUGAACAGGAUCAGAAGUUACUUGUCAAAACCCAAUUGUGUAAUUUUCUUAAACAAAUGGAGUCAAAAGUUUCAGAAGAAAGUGAAGAUCAAGAUAUUGUAAAUGUCCUGCAGGCUGUAAGUGAAUCCUUAGCUAAAAUAAAUGAAGAAAAACACAGCUUGUUUUUUCAGUACAAUGCAAGGGUAGCAGAGUUAGAAAAAGAGAUUAAGUUCCUUCAAGAAGAGAAUGAAAUCCAGUGUGAGAAACUUAGGUCUUCACUGAGAGAUCAUGAGCAAGAGAAAGUUACCUUGAGGAAAGAGUUAGAAGAAACCCUCUCAAAAAAAGAGGCCCUAGAGCAUGAUCUUCUAGAAAUGAAGAAUGCUAAUGAACAAACAAGGCUUGAAAAUCAGAAUCUCUUAAUUCAAGUGGAAGAAGUCUCUCAAAAAUUAUGUAGCAGAAAUGAAAACCAUAAUGAAAAAGAAAAAUCUUUUAUAAAGGAACUUGAACACCUAAAGCCAUUGCUAGAAGAAAAAGAAUCUGAAUUACAAGACUUGAGAGCAGAGUUGGUAUCAUUAAAGGAUUCCUUAGAGAAAUCACCUUCUGUAGAAAGUGAUCAACCUUCCGUAAAAGAGUUUGAAGAAAAAAUAGGAUAUCUGGAGAAAGAAUCCAAAGAGAAAGAGGAGAAAAUAAAUAAGUUAAAACUAGUUGCUGUGAAGGCAAAGAAAGAACUAGAUUCUAGCAGAAAAGAGGCCCAGAUUCUACGGGAGGAACUUGAAUCUGUUCGCUCAGAAAGGGAUCAGUUGUCUACUUCUAUGAGAGACCUCAUUCAAGGAGCAGAAAGUUAUAAGAAUCUUUUAUUAGAAUACGACAAGCAGUCAGAGCAGUUGGAUAAGGAAAAAGAACGUGCUAAUAAUUUUGAGCAUCAUGUUGAAGAUCUUACUCGACAGUUAAAGAAUACGACUUUUCAGUGCGAAAAGUUAAACUCGGACAAUGAAGACCUUCUGGCUCGCAUCGAGACUCUGCAAUCUAACACCCGGUUGUUAGAAGUGCAGAUUUUGGAAGCCCACAAAGCCAAAGCAGUGGCAGACAGAGAGUUAGAAGCCGAAAAACUUCAGAAAGAACAGAAAAUAAAGGAGCAUGCCAGUUCUAUAAGUGAACUUGAAGAACUUCAGCUACAACUUCAGAAGGAAAAGAAACAACUUCAGAAAACCAUGCAAGAAUUAGAGCUGGUUAGAAAGGAUGCGCAACAAACCACAUUGAUGAACAUGGAGAUUGCUGAUUAUGAGCGUUUGAUGAAAGAACUAAAUCAAAAAUUAGCUAAUAAAAACAGCAAGAUAGAAGAUUUGGAGCAAGAAAUAAAAAUUCAGAAACAGAAGCAAGAAACCCUACAAGAAGAAAUGACUUCACUGCAGGCCUCAGUACAACAGUAUGAAGAAAAAAACACCAAAAUCAAGCAGUUGCUUGUGAAAACCAAAAAAGAACUGGCAGAUUCAAAGCAAUCGGAAAAUGAUCACUUACUACUUCAAGCAUCUUUAAAGGGCGAGCUGGAGGCAAGUCAGCAGCAAAUUGAAGGCUAUAAAAUCCAGCUGGCAGAAGUGACAGCAGAGAAGCACAAAGCCCACGAGCAUCUGAAGGCAUCCGCAGAGCAGCAGCAGCGCACGCUGGGCACCUACCAGCAGAGGGUGGCAGCUCUGCAGGAGGAGUGCCGCGCCGCCAAGGCAGAACAGGCUGCUGUCACCUCGGAAUUUGAAAGCUACAAAGUCCGAGUCCAUAAUGUUCUAAAACAGCAGAAAAACAAGUCCGUGUCUCAGACCGAAAACGAGGGAGCCAAACAGGAAAGAGAACAUCUGGAAAUGCUGAUUGACCAACUGAAAAUCAAAUUACAAGACACUCAAAAUAACUUGCAGGUCCACGUCUCUGAACUGCAGGCACUGCAGUCUGAGCAUGAUGCCCUGCUGGAGAGGAAUAGCCAGCUGCUGCAGGAGACCGUGUCCAAGGAGGCUGAGCUCCGGGAAAAGCUGUGCUCGGUGCAGGCGGAGAACACGGCGCUACGGACAGAGCAGGCACAGAUGGCAGCCCAGCUGGCAGCCCAGGGCGAGGCACUGCGUGGUGGCUUCCGGGACCAGGUGCGGCAGCUGCAGGAGGAGCACCGGGGGACGGUGGAGACGCUGCAGCAGCAGCUGUCCCAGCUGGAGGCCCAGCUCUUCCAGCUGCGGAGCGAGCCAGCCACGAGAGGCCCAGCUUCUUCCCACCAACCUCUGAAGAACCUUCGAGAGAGGAGAAACACAGACCUCCCACUUCUGGAUGUGCAGGCAGUCACCCGGGAGGAGGGGGAAGGGAUGGAGACGACGGAGGCCGAGUCCUCAUCUUCUGCCAGCAUCCACACACCAUCUUUGGAGCAGUUGCUCAGUUCUCCUGAAGCCAGGCUUGAGCCUCCUUCAUGGCAUGCUGAAUUCACCAAAGAGGAACUGGUUCAAAAGCUCAGUUCCACCACAAAAAGUGCUGACCACCUGAACAGCCUGCUUCGGGAAACGGAAGCGACCAACGCCAUCCUUUUGGAGCAGAUUAAGCUUCUGAAGAGCGAAAUAAGGCGCCUGGAGAGAAAUCAAGAGCGAGAGAAGUCGGCGGCCAACCUGGAGUACCUGAAGAACGUUCUGCUGCAGUUCAUCCUCCUCAAGCCUGGGAGCGAGCGGGCUCGGCUGCUGCCUGUAGUGGGAACAAUGCUGCAACUCAGCCCCGAGGAGAAGGCCCGGCUCGCCGCCGCGGCCCAAGGUGAGGAGGAAAAUGCUUCCCGCUCCUCCGGGUGGGCGUCCUAUCUGCACAGUUGGUCUGGACUCCGAUAGAGUCAUGGAAAAGGCGUUAUUUGUUAACCAAAUAGAAUCCAUUUGGCAAAGAAGGUUCAUGUAUAUUGCUGUUGUUGUUCUUCUGUCCAAAAUCGUGUGUGUGUGUGUGUGUGUGUGUGUCACAUGUCCCUGUGUGUGUCUCUGCGUGUGUCCCUGCGUGUUUCAGAGGCUUUGCCUGAGGUCAGUGCCCAGCAGGCUGAAGUGUUGACACCGCUCCCUCCUCGGGACCCCAGGCUGCUGGGCCAGGCCAUGCUGUGAAUUCUGAAGUUAAACUAAGUUUUGGUACUGAACCAGCUGGAAUUCAGACUUCAGCAUAAUGUUAUAAGACCAUUUAUCACAAGGUCAGCCUUGCAGAUAGCUUGUUACACAUGACAACAAGCUAUUAAAGAAAACAAGUUGUUAGAGAAAACUUGUGAGUUAGAAUAUGAAGGAAAAUGCUUUCCUGGUAAAGUUGACUUGUUUAUGAAGGGACUGCAACAUAAACACGCUGCAGUUAAUUACAGACUAAAUUAAAAUGCAGUUCAUUUAGUUAUUCCUUUAAGAUGAGCUGCUCUUUUUUUCUCCAAAGUAUAUUAUCUCAAAACUCGUUCUGUUCUCAGAAGCCCUGGUCAUCACAUUCCCGCUGGGCAGUUCCUGGCGUGGGUCCGCCAGGCCCUCGUCUUUAGCACCUUCUAAGCCAGGAGUCUUGCGAGAUAGCGGGACGUUGGCUGUUGUGCAGCCCUAUGUCCAGGAGGAAGCUGGAGCCUCUUGGUUUCUGAGACCAGCUCUGGGUGAUGGUUUUACUUGCCUUCUAUGCCACUGAAUAUUUUAUUGACCAGAUCACAAAGGUGUUCUUAAGUCAUAAAUGUGAGGACUCUAGUAUUUGUCUAAAAAAAAAAAAAUCACCUCAUGGUGUGCACUAUGAAGUUACCUUCAGCCUUCCAGUUUAUACCCUUUCAGUCUCAGCUAAUGAACUGACCUCAUACUUUGGUUUCUGGGAACAUUGGUUUCCAAUUUAAUUUCACUGAAAUUUGCUGCUGACAUGUUGAGUUCUUUAAAAAUAUCUCAAUAUCUGUCUUUUCUCCUGUCUUAGAAGAACAGACCUAACUAGUGAAUGUACUAAUGAAAAUGCAUCUAUUUCAGAGCUGACUUUAAAAGUUUAGUUUUUUUACUUCAUAAACUGUGAAUAUGAGUAUGCCAGCAGCAUACAAUGUAACUGUUAUAGUAUUUAAAUAAAUUUCACUUUCUCUGUAAGUCCAGGCCUCUUCCAAGUCUGUAUCAAUUUGUUUUGAAAUACAGUCUCUACCUAUGGACAUAAUAACAGAAACGCCUUUUCGCAUGAUUAAAAAAUCAUGACUCUGAUUACUAAGGUUUAUCUUUUUUGGUUUCAGCAGUGAGAGGAGAUGUAAUAAUUAUUUUAGUAUUUCUAUUAAACCUGUUGAACCGUA